AUGAAGGCUGGAGUUAUCGCAGUAGCGGCUGCCCUCGCGGGUAGUGUUACUGCUAGGGACCUCGGGAGAAGACAUGGUCAUCAAGAUUUCCAUGUCAGAGGGCUAUUGGCAUCAUCAUCCGAGUCAUGUGGUUGCACCACUGUUUGGUCUACUGUCACUGGUCAACCUCAGUUAUACUUCCCACCAGCUCCUACCGGUGGUUCAAGUGCUUCAGGUUCAGUCCCAUCUGGCCCGGCAGGCUCAGUUCCAUCUGGUUCAGCAGGUACACCUGAGGCUUGUGCAGCUCAAUGCAGUGCCUCAUACAACAGUUGCCGCAGUGCCCCAGACGCCAAUCGAUCCAGCUGUGCUUCUUCGUACGCUUCAUGCCUUGGAUAUUCUCCAUAUGAUAAUAAUGGAUCGCUCGUCACUCCAACUGCUUGCUCUAGCCAAGUAGGAUCAUCCACCCCUGCUCCAACCGCUUCAGUUCCAGCAGGUUCAGUUCCAUCAGGUUCAGUUCCAGCAGGUUCAGUUCCAACUGGCUCAGUAGGUACACCUGAGGCUUGUGCAGCUCAAUGCAGUGCCUCAUACAACAGUUGCCGCAGUGCCCCAGACGCCAAUCGAUCCAGCUGUGCUUCCUCGUACGCUUCAUGUCUUGGAUAUUCUCCAUAUGACAGCAAUGGAUCCCUUGUCACUCCAACUGCCUGUAGCCAAUCAGGAUCGUCAACCCCUGCUCCAACCGCUUCAGUUCCAGCAGGUUCAGUUCCAGCAGGUUCAGUUCCAGCAGGUUCAGUUCCAGCAGGUUCAGUUCCAACUGGCUCAGUAGGUACGCCUGAGGCUUGUGCAGCUCAAUGCAGUGCCUCAUACAACAGUUGCCGCAGUGCCCCAGACGCCAAUCGAUCCAGCUGUGCUUCCUCGUACGCUUCAUGUCUUGGAUAUUCUCCAUAUGAUAGCAAUGGAUCCCUUGUCACUCCAACUGCCUGUAGCCAAUCAGGAUCGUCAACCCCUGCUCCAACCACUUCAGUUCCAGCUGGUUCAGUCCCAACUGGCUCAACAGGUACACCUGAGGCUUGUGCAGCUCAAUGUUAUACAUCAUAUAACGACUGUCGCGGUGCUCCAGAUGCAAACCGUGCUAGUUGCGCUUCUUCAUUCGCCUCAUGCCUUGGAUAUUCUCCAUAUGAUAGCAAUGGAUCCCUUGUCACUCCAACUGCCUGUAGCCAAUCAGGAUCGUCCACCCCUGCUCCAACCACUUCAGUUCCAGCUGGUUCAGUCCCAACUGGCUCAACAGGUACACCUGAGGCUUGUGCAGCUCAAUGUUAUACAUCAUAUAACGACUGUCGCGGUGCUCCAGAUGCAAACCGUGCUAGUUGCGCUUCUUCAUUCGCCUCAUGCCUUGGAUAUUCUCCAUAUGAUAGCAAUGGAUCCCUUGUCACUCCAACUGCCUGUAGCCAAUCAGCAUCAUCCACUGUUUACACAACGGUUGUUGUCGAUCAAUACACAACAGUUUGCCCUGUUACCAUGACUCAAACUAAUGGAGGAACCACCACUGUUUUAACUACCUCCAGCCUUUCUACCGUCUACAGCACUUCUACUAAGACUGUCACUAGCACUGGCGUUCUAACCACUUCAGUUCCAGCUGGUUCAGUCCCAUCUGGUCCAGCAGGUUCAGCAGGCUCUCCUCCAUCUGGUUCAAGCCCAUCCGGCCCAGCAGGUUCAGCAGGCUCUCCUCCAUCUGGCUCAGUCCCAUCCGGCCCAGCAGGUUCAGCAGGCUCUCCUCCAUCUGGCUCAGUCCCAUCCGGCCCAGCAGGUUCAGCAGGUUCUCCCCCAGCAGGCUCAGUCCCAUCCGGCCCAGCAGGUUCAGUCCCAUCUGGCCCAGCAGGUUCAGCAGGCUCUCCUCCAUCUAGCUCAGUCCCAUCCGGCCCAGCAGGUUCAGCAGGUUCUCCUCCAGCAGGCUCAUCCCCAUCAGGAUCAGCAGGUUCUCCUCCAGCAGGCUCAUCCCCAUCAGGAUCAGCAGGUUCUCCUCCAGCAGGUUCAGUCCCAUCUAGCCCAGCAGGAUCAACUCCAGGAAACUCAACUCCAGGAUCAUCUGCCCCAGGAGCAUCCCAAGGAGUUUCAACUGCCCCCAACCUUCCAGCCACAAGUGCAACACCCGCUGUCCCAACUCCUUUCGCAACCACCGCCGCAACUCCAGGUGUCUACACCAUCCCUGCGACAACCGUUACUUUGACUGAGUCCACCACUGUCUGUGGAGCUACUUCAACUGCUCUUCCAUCUCCAGGAACCUACACUGUAGGAGGUGUCACUACUGUUGUAACUACAGAGACAACAAUCGUAUGCCCAUACGCUGCCAUCACAACUACAGAUGGUGUUGUUACAAGCACUAUUUUGACAACUACCUAUGUUUGCCCAGCCGCAGGAACAUACACAAUCAACCCAUUGACCACUACCGUUACUGAACCCGCUGUAUGGGUCUACCCAACUCCUGCUUCCUUUGCUCCAGGAACAUACACUCAACCUGAAGUUGUUACCACCAUCACUGAGACUAACGUUGUUGUUUUCUGCCCAUACUCCUCUUCAGCUUACACAAUUGUCGAUGCAACAUUACCAGCAAGCACAUAUGCCCAAGCCACCACAGCCCCAGCUCCAGUUUCCACUUCUGUUGCAGUCCCAGUCGCACCAUCCUCAAGCGCUGUUCCUGUUGUUGCAUCUUCCGUCGCAUCUUCCGUCGCAUCUCCAUCUGCUUCUUCUUCCUCCUCUUCCGGUAACGGUGGUAGCGUAGGAACCAGUGGCAAUCAAUGGGCCAUGACUUACUCUCCAUACCAAAAUUCAGGUGGUUGCAAGACUGCCGAAGAAGUUGCUACUGAUGUAGCUCUCAUUGCUUCCAAGGGUUUCAAAGCCAUUCGUAUGUACAGCACUGAUUGCUCAGGACUCGAAAACAUUGGUGGUGCAGCUAAAACUGCUGGUCUUAAGUUGAUUAUUGGUAUCUUCAUUAGCGAAACUGGAGUUUCCGGAGCUGCUAGUCAAGUUACUGACCUUAUUGCUUGGGGACAAUGGUCUCUCGUUGAGCUCAUCGUUGUUGGUAACGAAGCUGUCUUCAACGGUUACGCAAGUGCUACCGAACUUGCUGGAUUCAUCAGCUCCUCCAGCUCAUCCUUCAAGAGCUCUGGAUACACCGGACAAGUCACCACCACCGAACCCCUCAACAUCUGGCAAGAAUACACCAGCACUCUUUGCGCAGUCGUUGAUAUUACUGGUGCCAAUCUCCACCCAUUCUUCAACGCCCAAACCACUGCCGAGAAUGCCGGUAAAUUCGCUCUCUCUCAACUCGAGCUCGCUGAGAGCAUGUGCCCUGGAAAAUCCGCAGUUAACCUCGAGUGUGGAUGGCCCUCCGCCGGAAGCUGUAACGGACUCGCCUGCCCAGGUGUCUCCGAGCAGAGCAUCGCCAUUGCAAGCAUCGUCGAAUUGUGCGGUGGACGCACCACAAUCUUCAGUUACACUGACGAUUACUGGAAGGCACCUGGUGCCUUCGGUGCCGAACAACAUUGGGGUUCCAUCCAACUUUUCUAG